GUACUUGAUGUAUUUUUUAUUUUAAAUAUAUAUGAGCAAACUUAGCAUUCAAUUCUAAUAUAUUAUAUAGCUUUAAAAGGUGAUCGUGUAGUAAUUAAAAACAGUGGUUUAUUAUCAUUUCUUGAAUCUAUUAUAAGAUUUUUUUUUAAUUUAGAAUUGUACAAUGUACGGAUGGUUGUUGGAGAGUGUUCAACACUUCAUAGUGGAAGAAUGCGGGGAAGAAAUAUGGGAGACAAUUCUUCGGGAAGCUGGUGCGAGGAAUACCGUCUUUAUCACGAGACAACAAUAUCCUGAUACUCUCAUGCCGCGACUGGCGUGCGCUCUGGCUAGGCUUUUGACAAAAGACCCACUUAGUCCGACACCCUCAACGCCGGGUAGUCCAGCACCGAGAAAACUUUCCUUAAAAUCUAAACCAGCAUGGCGUAGUUCUUCAGUUCACGGCGAUACCAGAACACAAACAUUCAAAUGCCCAUUCACGGCUACGAAUGCCCUGACGGCUGUUACGAAAAAAGAAAUAGAUGCGUACAAUUCCUCAGAAGAAAUUCGAUCCCUAGCACACCGUGCUCAGUCUACUGACAAAAUACAUAAAGGCGAGGAGUUGACUAUCGUACCGUACCAAACGGCAGUCAGAGAUAGACGAAGCUUAGGGGUACAUUUAGAACAUAAUACUUACUCAGAAGAAGAUAGAGACGAGACAGCUAAAGAAACUAUCCCAGAAACAGAUGAUGUUGAAGAAUCUGAAAAACCUGAAUCCCCUUCUCCAGUUGUGAGUUCUGGGCGAAGGAGUUCAUUAAAAUCCACUUUAAGAAAAAAUAGCUGCACUGUAGCAUUGGAUAUUAACCGACGCCGUAGUUCCGGUGUCCCAGUCCGACCAAGGUUAAAUAGCUUAAGUUUGGUAAAUGCGGACCGUUUCAAUGCUCUGAAGGAAAAAUUUGGUACUCCUGAAAAAGUAAUGCAUUUCUUCGGUAGAUGUUUCGUUAAAUUUUUUUCUAACUAUGGUUAUGAUACUAUGAUCCGCGCAACGGGUAGAUACUUUUGUACGUUUCUCCAGUCCGUAGACAACAUUCACCAGCGUAUGCGUUUUACCUUUCCACGCAUGCGCUCACCGAGCAUGCAACUCACCAGAGCGCACAGACAUGGCGCAGAGCUGGUGUAUAGUAGCGGAAGAGCCGGUUACACUCAGUAUCUCAUGGGUCAAUUAUAUGAAAUAGCAGAAGACAUUUUCUCUUUGAAAUUGAAGGUAUCCAUUGUAAAAGAGAGCUUGGAGGGUAACUAUUAUGUAGCAGUCUUGAGACUCGAAUUUGAUAACAGCGACUAUGUUCAAUCUCUGAUGGCUCGCAAAUCUCUGCCUUGUCCUCUGCCGGCGGUGCCAGCCUCGCUCCUGCUCCAAUUGUUUCCUUUUGGCGUGAUGCUUGAUAGAAAGAUGAAGAUAAUGAAAGCUGGAGAAAAGUUAAAGGAAGCUUGGGGUGGACCUUACAAUCGAAUUGAAAAAGUUUCUAUAAAUGAAAUUCUCCGUUUAAGGAAGCCUAAAGUUUCGUUCACAUGGGACAAGGUAGUAUGCAUGCAAACUAUGAUGUUCGAACUGGAGUUGAUGCGGUGGCGAGCGCGCUGCAUCAGCGAUUCCCGGCGCGGGUCGCAGGGCGCUCGAGCUAUUUUACUUAAAGGACCUAUUUAUUUCCUUGAAGAAAUUGAUGCUCUUAUAUUUUUAUGUAGUCCUAUCUUCAACGACCUCGAAGAAUUAAAACAAGCUGGUCUUUAUCUAGCAGACAUGAACGGUCACGGGUUGUCUAAGGAAAUGCUCCUACAGGGCUGGCAACAUCUUUCACGAUUGGAACUGCUCUUUGAAAAAGCCGAAACGAGAAGUCUCUCGUUGGAGAAAUCUUGCAGGCUGGUAGAGCAGUGGAAGAAGAGGGGAGAUCAAUUAUUGUACUCAAUGAUACCUAAGAGUAUUGCAGAUCAAUUGCGUUCUGGAAUAUCUUCGAUGCCUCCUAUGAAAUUCGAUUCGGUGACCAUAAUGUUCUGCGGCUUACAACUCAAUGAGGCUAUAACGAGAGCCGAUGUGAUGCAGACUGUCGCCUAUAUGAACGAUGUGUACUCGAGGAUCGACAGACUGCUGGACACUCAUCGGGUUUACAAGGUGGAGACAGUAGGCACGGUGUACAUGGUGGUGUCGGGCGCGCCUAAGAAAAACCGCGCGCACGCGCAGGCAACGGCGAGCGCCGCGCUGGCGGUCGCGCAGGCGCUGCCCGCGGUCACUAUCGGUCUGCAUUCGGGGUUGUGUUACGCUGCUGUGCUCGGCUUCCGGCAACCGCGGUAUUGUCUGGUUGGUGAUACCGUCAACACCGCGAGCCGAAUGCAAACGACGAGCGAGCCUGGGCGCAUUCAGAUAUCUUCGCAAACUGCGUCUGAACUUCCAGCGGGAAAAUUUCGGCUUCGUCGCAGAGGCCUCAUCAAAGUUAAAGGCAAAGGAAUGAUGGAAACGUUCUGGCUUGAAGGAGAAAUCGAGGAAGAAGAGCAGGAUGAAGCUCUGCAACUUCUAUCUGCUCUUUGUGGCGAAGAUUAAUUGUUUUAUAUUAUAUAUGUAUGUAUAAUAUGUGUAUUUUAUAUUUACAUUUAAUAAUUGGUUUUAUUUUAAUUAAAUAUUAAUAUUAUUUUAUUCAUACCACCACCUACCCCAUAUCCUAUCUGUAAUUACUUACACUCGGUUACCUGGAAGAGAUCGCUGUGUAGCGAUAAGGUCGCCAUAAUUGUACAUUUAUUUAGGCAAUAUACAUGUUUUGUAUUUUUCUCUUUGUGGUGUGAUGUACAAUAAAGUAUUAAAGUAAAGUAAAGUAAGAUU